GAUCGAAGAGAUGAUAAUGUGAGUUCUAGAGCAAAGGUACUCACUAGGACAGUGGAGCCACCCUGGGACGAAGACCAACGAGAUGAAGCUGGUACCUCUCUAGUGUAACAAGACCAGGGCAUUCCAGACUUUCCUUAUUCCUAAAUCAUGAGCAAAUGGUGUCCUAUCUAGUCUCCAGUGUCUGCUCUGAGAAAAUGUGUAUGAAAUAUCUACUGUAUUUACUCAGCCUUGUCAUCUCAGUGACGAAGAUCCUUCAUUUAAAGGGAAAAAGAUGAACCCAUAUACAUGCAAAAUCAUCCUAAAUUUAUAGGUCUCUGUCAUUCAUGAUUUGCUCCUUUCCUUGUUCAAACUUAUGAUUGUGAACCAAAAAUAUAAUUGCUUUAAAGCCUUUGGGGGGGGGGGAAGAAAGCAGAUUAAAAUAGCUGGGUCUUGUGGAACAGAUCCCCAAAGAGGGAAGACUGAUGGGCUACUUCUACAGGCAGUUUUUGCAGUCUUUGUUUUGAUUUGGAUGUCAUGGAACAAGUGAUGUUUGUAAAAGCGGCUGUGUUCCACGCUGAACCCAGACAUUACGCAACAGAAAGCAUCAGGUAGAGCCCUCUCCGGAAGCAGCGGAGCCCUGGGUUCUCCAGGGCCUUACUAGUGCACAGACGUUGGUAUUACGUCCACUGCAGUGUUUGUCUCUCCAGCAAAGCUGGAACCUAUUGGUUUAGCAAUAGGUAACAGGAAUCUGUAACUGAGCUGCAUAGAAACACUAAGAAGAGAGGCAGCACUAUGCAGGUUGUUUAAAGGAUGGGCUCAGAGUACUACUUCUGUCAGCACAAAAGCAGGAGGAAGUUGUUUUGCCUUCUCAGUUCUCACUUGACUCUCUAUAUGGUCCUUGUCUCAUUACCAAGCCAAACAUAUUGUCACAUAUGAAAACAGCGUUUCAACAAUUCUGGGCCAUUUAAUAUCCUCACUGUUUCUAAUCACUUUUAUUGUUGCUAUUGUUUCUUCCUAGUUUGGUUCAAAUCAUUGUACAAUUAAUACCAGACAGUAAAGUCCCCAUAAUGUUAUCUUUGAUCUACUUACUAUAAACCUUGCUUAAAUGUGGUUUUCUAGUUUGUCACUCUCUCGUCAGUAAUAUCAAUUAUGUGGACAUCUAUGGAGCUAGAAUAUAAAAAUACAAAGAUAUCAAUGAGUCUAGAUCUCAGUUUCUGGGGAUAGGAGAAAAGAACCACAUUCACUCAUGUAUACAUAUAAUCACAGUAUGUUACAAAUGUGCUUUAUGAGUGCCAUGAAUACUGAGCAGAGCUUAAGUGGAGAAAUUUGAAAUGAAGCAUAUGAUUAUCUCUGAAGGAUGAGGGAGUACUUGGCUAUUCUAAGCAAGGAAUUUCACUUAAAUGAAACCAUGUGAACUAAAAUUUAAAAGGGGAACUUAAAAACUCCUUAGAAUUGAAGGGACUCCAGUGAGAGCAGAGGUUGUACAUAAAGGCAUGUCAGAACUGGGGAAGGAGGACAAGGACAGGUGAGAGAUGAGACUACAAAGGAGAGAAAUCCUCUCAUGAAGUCCACACGCCACCCAAAAUUCAGUGUUUGUCCUGUGGUCACAGUGGAGGCACCAAUGAAUGAUCAUCAAACAAGAGCUUGGCCUGUCUGGAUCUGUGUUCUGUUAGUCUGACUCCCACAAUGGAGGAGGGGAGCUUGGAGAGAGAGAGAAAAGGUAGGGAAGACACAGCACAGAAGAAAAGAUUCCAUUAGUAAUGACAGCACAUGACUCUGAUCCAAGCUCAGUGAAAAAAUAAGAGGUAAGGUAAAAGGAUGGUAGAGAGGGAGAGAGGGGGAUGGGUAAAAUCGGAAGCACUCUCCAGCUUGCAGCUCUUGGCAGCAUUCCCUGCGAUGUCAGACAAAGCACUCUUGUUGGAAGCUGUUGGUGUUAGCAUCUCCCCUCCGCUGUGUCUUUCAUGGGAGUAAAUAGCUUUUGCUCUGGAUGAAUGCCACAGGACUGCGCAGACCCAUACAGAAGGAGAAGAAGAAGAAGAAGAAGAAGAAGAAGAAGAAGAAGAAGAAGAAGAAGAAGAAGAAGAAGAAGAAAGAGCCCCAAUCUCUGGCAUCCUUGUGGCUUAUCACAUAUUCCUUCCGCAAAGUGGAUGAGUUGUAUGGCAUCAGACGUCCUCUCUGUAGAAGUGUUCACUCAGUUCCUUCCCUGAGAUUAUUGCCUGGCCUUCAGUCAUGAAGAGCUAACCAUCUCACGUAUUUGAAGCUAUUUAGAAGACAUGAAAAGUAUUUGAAGCAAAGCACUGGCUCUGAGAAAUCAUAUGUCAAAGGAUUUCAAAAACAACUACCAAAGGGAAACUGAACUUUCUGGUUGACUUAAUGGAAGAAGCUGGACAUUGGCAUCAAAUUUAGAGGAAUCUUCUAAAAUGAAUUGGUUUGGCUAAACCUAUAGAACACCAUUAAGACUUUGUAGCUUAAAAUACUAUUAUUCUUAGGGAAGUUGAUUAUUUUGGGGAGCAGGAGAAGCAUGUGACUGAAGUUAUGUUGGCUGUGACAGAUUCAUGAUGUCAAUAAAAAUCAAUGUCACAUUUUCA